UCGAAUUUCGAGUCAGCGGAUUUUAGUCAUAAGCAUGCCUAGUGAAGUUUCUGCUUUCUACCACAUGGCGACAUUAAUUCUGGACAAGAUUUAUAUUCUCGCAAAACACGGCCAGAACAUAAGAGGGAGGUAAUGACCAAAAGUCAACCAAAUCCGACCUUAAUUAAAAAAUACGGGGAGGAUGGGAGAGGGUCGCCACAUCUGGAUUCAAUUUGCGGCGCUUUGAUGACAUCAAUGGCUUCUUUUCCUAGAUUGAAAUGGGGGUGUUGCUCCGACCGUCGGACCCUAGUGAGAAAUUUCCUGUCAGACUACAACUAGUGAAAUCACUGCAUUGCACUGCCUCACUCAAUGGCUCAGCUCCCGGUUCUAAAUAAAGAAAAAAAAUGUGAAAACAAACAGAAGCGUCAACGUAGUCUAAUUCACCUAGAAUGGUUGCCUUUGUUUUACUAUUUGGAGGUUGAACUUCACACCUCACAUGAUGUUCCGUGUGAUGAUUGCAGUCUGAUACUACUGAUCGAAGUCUUUGAUAAACUACUUAACCUUUCUGUCUGUUUACAAUACACUGCUAAGUCGACACCACAUGCUUUGCUGAUGAAUGACUUGUGUAGAUGAAAAAACGGUGUUUUAUUAGCGCGUGCGUGAGGGUGGGAUUGUGUGGGCAUGAAACGAGGCGCCUGUAAAGAGAAGAGAGGAGCUCAAAAGCUCACGCGCGUAAUGAGAGUUUCAUGCGUCGCGAUUACUUUCCCAGGGGACCUAAUAGCUCGCGCGUGUGUUCGACAGCACAGGCGCGAGGGGAGCCUAGAGGGUUCGGCCUCUCCUGCUACACGCGCCUCUCCCGGACUUCAUCACUUCCGCAGCCGAACAUCUCAUCUCCCUCUCGAGCACUCGCAAUGAAAACACGAGAGCAUUCAGCAACUGCCAGCUCGUAAGGGCGAGGCUCGAACAAACCUAGAACUGUUUUCAAGGUUUGCAGUUCGCUCUUGCAUUAUUUAAAACCAAAUCAAGGAAAGUAUCUUGGGCAAUGCCAGGACUCAAGCCGAUCGAAGCAUCAGAAUAAGCAAUUUUAAAAAGUCAUCGGGGGUGAUUUGCUGCUGACAUCUCCUCCAAACCGGACUAAGGAUGCUGGACUCCUGAGGACUGCGACACGGAAGCUACUUACGGAUUCGUUUUCUUGUCCUCUACAGAAAAGGAUUUUUGCUGAAGCCCGAACCGGUUGGAUCAAGUAGGCGAUUAUAUAAUAUCAUUCCUAUCUGUUUGGUGUGCGUCAUGACUUCUAGCUAUGCGCCUGUAGUGGACAGACAAGCCACGCUGCCCUGUCGCACGGACAGUCCCAUCACUGCUAACCUGGAACAUUUGCAGGCUAAAAAAAACUUCUCCGUUAGUCACCUGUUGGAUCUGGAGGAAGCCCGUGAGAUGGUGGGAACGCAAGCGGAAGACAACACGGGGGAGUCGGGGCGAAGCAUGAUGGAGUCUCCCGGUUUGACAAGCGGUAGCGACACAGCGCAACAAGAAAACGAGCGUGUGAAUGACAAGAAGAAGAGGAAGCAGCGUCGGAACAGGACCACGUUCAACAGCAGUCAGCUGCAGGCCCUGGAGCGCGUCUUCGAGAGGACGCACUACCCCGACGCCUUCGUCCGAGAGGACCUGGCGCGCCGCGUCAACCUCACCGAGGCCCGCGUGCAGGUGUGGUUUCAGAACAGACGGGCGAAGUUCCGACGGAACGAGCGGGCUAUGUUGGCCAGUAAGAACUCCUCUCUUCUCAAAUCCUUCUCCAGCGACGUUACCGUGGAGCAGCCCAUGGUGCCACGGCCUGCUCCGAGGCCCAACGACUACCUAUCCUGGGGAUCCUCUGCCCCAUACAGUGCCAUGGCCACAUACCCUCCAACGUGUGGCAACACGACCUCCACUCAGGGCAUGAACAUGGCCAACAGUAUCGCCAACCUGAGGCUGAAGGCAAAGGAGUACAGCAUGAACCAGGUGCCUACUGUCAACUGACUGGAGGACACCACCGUGCCUUAGCCCCCCUGGCCCCUGCUCCCUCCAACCAAAUACUCUCUUCUCCUCUCCUCUCCACCCAGAUCCCUCCUCAACACAAGCACACACACACACACACACACACACACACACACACACACACACACACACACACACACACACACACACACACACACACACACACACACACACACACACACACACACACACACAAAACACACACACACACACUUCCAACUGGGAGCAUCUGGUUUCAGUUAGCCAACUGAGACUUGCAGUCCUUCGGGGCUCCCCAACAAGCAUUCCAUCUCAAGGCUUUGCUGAGCCAAGAAGACACUAUAACAAGGGGCGCACCCAGAACCUGAUAGAACAACGCUGCACCCAUGAACAAAACUCAAAGCUGCACCCAUGAACAAACCGAACCACCAUUCACUCAGGCCCACGAGAACCAACGUUGCCUUACAUCGUGACAGCAGCCUUUCUGACUGGAAGGAAAAGAAAAUCUCUACGCUCUUUACAGAAAAAAAACAACUUGCACUCUCUUGGAGCUCCUCAGUCAAAGUCAACAGCACCACAGCAUUGGGAAAAACUCUGCACAGUGAGGAAGCAGAGUGCAGAGCCUGCUCUGUAACGCAAUACGAAACGGAACAUCCCGUUCACAUCCGUCUGUAUCCUGACACCUAGAGUGCCUUAGCAGUCUACUUUCUCACUGUGUUACUUUAAAGGCCAUAACAGUCAAAAAAGAGGAAAGAAACAGCUAAAAACAUGUGUGCGCUUUAUCUCAUCACAAGUGCCUCACCUGACGUAUAUAUACGCUCCUCGGUAGACUAUAGGAUGCCUGUGGACUUCUGGGCAUCAGUAGCAUAAGGACUCUCCUGGUGAAAGGAGGCCCACGACGGAUACCCCCACCACACAGGUCUUUGGUGUUUAGCAUGGGACGGACUGAGGGUUAACACAAACCCAGGACUUGGUUAAAAGUGUCUGGAACCCAUGAGGACUUGGCUAAGAAGUGCCUCAAAGUGGAAAACUGGACUCUGCUCCUUUUUUAUCAUUCGUUUCAAUAAUUGGAGCCGAACAUUUUUUGUUAUUGUCGUUGUUUGUUUUGUUUUGUCUUUUUGAUCUAAAGUCAUAUUACCUUUUGUAUAUUAUCUGAGUAUAUCGAAAUGUGUAAUAUUCCUUUGCAAUAAAAGGAUGUGGAUUACGGAAAAAAAAAGACACCGCUUGGCUUGAAAAGCUUACUAGUGCUG